AUGGCCGGUUGGCCUGUGUGGUUCACUGCUCUUCUCACCGUUGCCUACCUCGGUGUCUACUACAUCUGGGACACGACCAAUAGCCAGAAGAAUCAAUUUCGCCAAGAAGAGCGUGGUGCGGUGGACGAACGUACGACUUUCCCUUACUUCAAGUAUGGCAAAAUCCACAGCCCUAAGACCAUCCCAACGAAGCGCGGUAACAGUAUUCUGUGCGAUGGCUGGUACGGAAAGGCACGCAAGAUCCAUUACACAUGCGACUUGUUCUUCGCCGUAUCGUGGGGUCUCAUAACUGGGUUUAAAAGCCCAUUCCCCUGGUUCUACUCCGUUUUCUUCGCUGGUAUGAUCAUCCAUCGCGCGAGACGCGAUAUUGAGAAGUGCAGGAAGACGUACGGGGAGGCUUGGACCGAGUACGAGAAGAGGGUGCCGUAUCUCUUCAUUCCUGUAAGUGCAUUGCUGCCCGUCUCAUCCUGGAGGCAUGAAGUAACAACAUUACAGGGUGUCUAUUGA